AUGCCACCACAUCGAUGUUGGUCCGUUAAACACUUCUAUAUUCUUUUUUUUCGUUCUUUCUUUCUCUCUCUCUCUCUUUCCAUUUCUCUCUCUCUCUCUCUUUCCCUAUAUCUCUUUCUUUAUUUCUCUCUCUCUCUCUCUCUCUCUCUCUCUCUAUCUAUCUAUCUAUCUAUCUAUCUAUCUAUCUCAAUAGUCUCUCAAGCUAGAGACAAGCAUAUCUAUCUAUCUAUCUAUCUAUCUAUCUAUCUAUCUAUCUAUCUCUCGCUCUCUCUCUCUCUCUCUCUCUCUCUCUCUCUCUCUCUAUAUAUAUAUAUAUAUAUAUAUAUAUAUAUAUAUAUAUGCUGCCAAUCAAUGCGAAUACUUUCACUUUAUUUUGUUUAUCUAUCUAUCUAUCUAUCUAUCUAUCUAUCUAUCUAUCUACAUCCUAUCUAUCUAUCUAUCUAUCUAUCUAUCUAUCUAUCUAUCUAUCUAUCUAUCUAUCUAUCUAUCUAUCUAUCUCAGUCUAUUCAUCUCUUUCUAUCGCAAGCGCGUCUGUCUGUCUGUCUGUCUUUUUGCUUCUCUUCAUUGAAGACUGAAAUUGACUUUCUUCACCAUCACUCACGUAUACCAUAUUUUCUUUUUCCGAAUCGGCGUCUGAGAUUGUGUGUAAUGACCCAAAUCAACCACUUCUCAGACGAUCUAUAUCUUUCUUCUUUAAAUGUACUCUCUCGCCCUGUCUGA